GCCCUGAAGUAAAUGUCCAUAUCGUCAUGAAAGCUUCAUGGCUAGUGUUUUGAUCAGUGAUCGUCAUCAUCAAGCGGCUUUCACAACAGUGUGUUUGCGUUUUGUGUUAGUGCUAGACUGCUACGGUUCUCUUUCACAUAUACUGUAUUUGACCGUGACCGUGUCGUCAGGGCUGUAGUGGACGCUAAACGCAAGUAAACGCAGUUUACCCACCUCUGAAAUUUGAGAAACAGAGUUUAUCCACUUCUCACUUCAGAGUUUAGCUACCUCCCAAUACAGUAAAUGUACUACCAUUGGUUGCGAAUCACUGAUCUAAGUAUUCAGUUUACCUACCUCUUAUUUCACCACUACACCCUUGCAUUUCUUUUUUAUAUACUUAUAUAUACUAUACUUUAUACUAAUAUACUUUUUUAUAUUUGUUUUCGCAAGAUGUUGACAGACGCCUCACAGCAGGAGACCGUGCACAGUGUAGACACUGUGGAGAGUGUCGAUACUGGGGAUCAGCCCUUGCCCUCCUCCACUUCUGACGCUGGGACACAAUGUUAUUUGAAGCCCCCCCGAUGGUGUCACGGUAAAUCUUUGGUAUUUUAAGGGGUAGAUAUUAUGUCUAAAACAUUGCAAGUAGGACAUUUCCAUACACAUUGAUGAAAUGAAUACAUAGCCUACACCAAAACAUAGCCGCUUAGAUUUGCCAUGAUUGUCAUAUGUUUGGGUAUGUUUACUGCCUCUGCCACAGCUGUGCAGGUUAACCUGAAGCCCAAGAUGGUUAGCGUGGGCACACAGACUUCAAUCAGCCCACAAACCUCCACUCCCCUCGCUAGUCCUGAACAGACAGUUGACGACGAUGAUGAUGAUAAUGCCACUGUCAUCAGUGACUUGUCGUGGGUGCCCGAAGAGCCGAUGGAUGAGGAGGAAUUGUUUGAUGAGGAGCCACCUUACACGUGUGACCCCCACCACAAUUGCAUUGACAAAUUCAUUGUUUGCCAAGAGGAGCUGAUGGGCCUUUUUGCCAUCUGUCCGGCCUGUUGUGAGAGGUCGGAUAGGAGCAUCGUGCAGCAGGAAGGAACUUUUGUUAAGAUCAAGCAGGUCUGUGCAUCAUGUGGCUACCACCGUUUCUGGCAAAACCAGCCAAUGCUCCACAGGAACAUGCCAACCUGCAACCUCCUGUUAAGUGGGGCCAUUCAUUUUACUGGAUGUUUGGCCACACAGACACUAAGAAUGUUGACCCUGUUUGGCCUGCAGUGCAUCAGUGCGAGCAGUUUCUUUCGCCAUCAGCGCCGCUACACCAUCCCAGUAAUCGUUCAGGCCUGGCAGAAUGAUCAAGCCAAGAAUUUUAGUGACCUACGGGCAAUGGAUGGCGGGCUAGUUCUUGCUGGUGACUGCAGGUCAGAUUCUCCUGGGCACUGCGCAAAGUAUGGGUCAUACUCUCUGGUAGAGGACAGAGUGAACAAGGUGGUGGAUGUUCAGCUUGUUCAGUACAACCAUGCAUAG